AUGGAUAAAUCUAUCAUGACAACUGAAGAGGCUAGUGUUUAUCACAAUAUCUCUAAUCUUCAGGAGGAAGAUGGAUUGCAUUUGAUUGAUAAUCUCUCCCCUCAGUCUAGUAAUAGUGUUCUUGAUAUGGGAUGUGGGACUGGUCGUUUGUGUAUGGUCCUUUCCGAAAGACUGAGUGAUGGUGGGAAAGUACUAGGGAUUGAUCCUGAUGCAGAAAGAAUCAACGUAGCAAAUAAAGGAAGAAAAGAUACUAUGACUAAUCUCCGGUUUGCAGUAGGAUCAGAUCAAACUUUUCCUGAGGAUCAAUAUGAUGCAGUCGUUUCUACUCAUGUCAUUCACUGGAUCAAGAAUAAAGAUGCCACUUUUAAAAGAAUUUACGACAACCUGAAACCAGGAGGAAAGUUUGCAUUUGCCACAGUAACUAACAAUGGGAUACCAGACCUACUGGUAGAGCUUGUCAAGUUAUGUGGAUCAGAUGCUCUUGAUGCUGUUACGAGUUGCAGUUACUAUGAGUCUCUUGAUUUUUACAAGCAAAAAGCCAAAGAAUAUGGCUUUAAUGUUGUACAAAUCCAGUCAAUUGACCGAGAAUAUGUUGUACCAAACGUUGAUGCCUUUAUUGAUUUUUACUUCAGUGCCUAUCAUGGGAGGUUUGAUCGUACCAAUCCUAACCUGAAUGGAUUCAGGGAGAAGUACUCUGGACAAGCAAUAAAAUGGACAAUGAAACGUCUAUGCAUGAUACUAGCAAAGCCAUCAACAACUGAGUAA